AUGCUUGGACAAGAGGAAAGGGACUCGGUGCGUGCUGAGGUGGAAAAGAAGAAAAAGGAGAAUCUUGUUGAGGCAGCCCCCCAGGACCCUACUGCUUCAGAUGUUCCUCCUCCGACAGCCGGAGAACCCAAGGAUGAGAGCAUGACUCAGGGGGCGGACGUGAAAGAGGACGAGAAAGAUGCCAAGGCCGACGGGGAUGCAGCACCUGAGGCAGCAUCCUUGGCAAAGAAAGACAAGGAUGGUUCUGUUCCUGAACCUGAAGACAUGAGCCAUGAUGGAGCAGUUGCAGAGGAGCCUGGGCAUGGCACAGACCCCAUGAAUGUAGAGGAGCCAGAGAGCCGCAAGGAGGGCACUGGUGUCCCCGAGGCGGGGGACAUGGACGUCGAGAUGGAACCUGCACCACCAGGUGCAGAUGCUGCCACCAAAGUGGAAGUCACAGACGAUGAUGUUCUGGCUGCAUGGCUGGAGUCGCUGGAGCAGGUGUAUGAGGGGUCCAAGAGGGAGCUGGCUCGUAGAAAGCCCUUUGAAGACUGUAUCAAGCGGCCCUAUUUCCACGUGAAGCCACUGGACAGCACCCAGCUGACGAACUGGAACAAAUACCUUGACUACAUUGAGAAGAAUGGGGACCAUGUGGCUGCUGUCACACUAUAUGAGAGGUGCUUGAUUGCCUGCGCGUGCUAUCCAGAGUUCUGGAAACGCUAUGUCCGCUACUUGGAGGCCAACGACCUUAAGCUCGCCCGGGGGGCGCUGCAGCGUGCCACAUUGGUGUACUGCAAGAGGAAGGCAGACAUGCACCUGUUCUCCGCUCACUUCGAAGAGAGGCAUGGCAACAUCGACGAGGCAAGGAAAGUGUUUAAGCAUGUGCAAACGCUGAUUGCCCCCAGGCUGCUGUCCAUGAUCGUCCAGUUCGCAAACUUCGAGCGUCGCCAGGGCAACACAGACACUGCCUGCACCAUCCUGACUGAGAACAUCGAAGAGGAGAAAUCCAAGGAAGGGUCCAAGAUCUACAACUUCCUGUGUCUGCACAGUGCCCACUUUUUAAACAUGGUGGUGAAGGACAAGUUGAGGGCCAGGGCUGUGUUGGAUGCUGCACUUGCUCACCGGCCAGGUGCGAAGGCCCUGUGGCAGGGCGCCAUCCAACUGGAGGAGGGCAUCUGUGACGAUGACUCGGUGUCACGCACGCUGGACCUGUACGACCGCUGCACCAGUCCGCCUGAGGAUGGUGCAGAGGCGCUCAGUGAGAAGGACCGUGAGGAGCUGAGCCUGCAGUGUGUUGAGUUUGCUGAUCUGCGGUGUGAUGCCAAUGUCAGGGCUGCUAUUGAGCGACGGCACACGGAGAGGUUCCCCUUCCCUGUGGCAAGCGGGGACACAAAGAAAAGGUCGGCCAGUGAGCAGGGUUCUGUGCCAGCGAGCAAGGUGCACAGGACAGGGAUGGAGGGUAGUGCUUAUGGGGCAGGGCAGCUGGCGAUGACGAGUGCGGUGACCCCUGGGACUGUUGGGGCCAUGGUGCCGUCACCCGCAGCAGCCCAGCCACACAUGUACUACGGUCAGCAGAUGGCCACGGGCCAGAUGACCACCAACCAGCAGUACAAUCAGUAUGCUCAGUACUAUAGUCAGUACCAAGGAUACAACUACACAGGGUAUGGGUAUUAG